UGACGAGCACUCGGUCAUAACAUCAACAGUUCAACACGGAAGUGCUAGACUAUCUACGAAUAUUGAUGACGUGUAACCUGGGUCAUAACAAGAAAAGAACCAACCAGACCCAUCAGCCAUCCUCGCUGUCCAGAAACAACCAAGUGGUGCCUAACAACUCCAGCGUGCAGACUAACCAAGAUUCCAUCCAAACUGUGAACAACUUGGUUCCUGUUUCCUGUUACCCCGAGGUGCCUCAAAGAGCGAACAUGCUACCAGCUCUGCCCGCUCCACCGCGCCGACGCCUCAUCAGUGAGAUGGAACUGGCGAACGCUCUUUCGGUGUUACAGCAACAACAACGAUGUGCUUCUAGGAGGCCCCUAUACCGCAGAAGAAGAAGAAGUGUCGUGCAUCGACCUAAAACUCCGGCCCUCUCGCCAAUUAGAGAAAGCGGCCUCUCGAAUCCAGCCUCUCCGUCCCGACAGAACUGCACCGUGUCCGCUGUUAGCGGAACCGGCAUUCGUCCAAUAUGAACCGAACCAUUAUUGAGUCUUGAAUAUAACCAUCCGUAACUGAUUUCCAUUAAAAACUGCGGAAAACGAAAUGAUACAAGUGAUGCGUCUCAAGAUCUGCACUUAAAUCAAAAAUGGGUCUUUUUGAAUGUAAUAAAAAAAUGAUUUUAUUUCAUUUACUUUUUUUCAUUAGGUAUAAUAUCGGAUGAUUAGCUUAACGAAACAAGUAAUAUUGGAUAAUUCUCAAAAUGUGGAACUGAUUUAGUAUACGUGGCAAUGAUAUGUAAACGGGUGUAUCGUUCAUCCAAAAAGAAUGUCUGGGACGAUAAGGAAUGGGAAAUAUCUAGGUUUCAUAAUUCAGACUUGUGGAAAACAUUGAUUACUGCAAUAACGAAAAAUAGUCACAAAUAUACAAAUUUGAUUAUUUGUUGAUAAGAAUCUAAUAGACAGUUUUUCAAAAUGACUAAAGGUUCAAAUAUUCUAAAUAUCAGAGUUUCCUCGUUUACCUUGGGUGAAAACGAAAAACUCAUUAGGCUCAUUGAAUACCUUUCCAUCGAUUGAUGUAUAAUGAAGUUUCCAUACAUUUGCAGAAACCCAAAACUGCUUUAUAGCUAUCCACACAACAUCAAUUAACCCUAUCAUUCUUUGGCGAUAGUAGGCAAAGAGCAAAUACAAAAUCACACAUGAUUGACCAUCAGAAAUGCAUCCCAUUCAACUAUCGGUAUAGUAAGUAGGUAUCAUCUUCCGAAUGACGCAUUAUUUUCGCCAAAAAUUCUUCUAUACCAAAAAU